UUUCUUCGAAUUUGGGGAAACUUUACUAAUCCAGUGUAUUAAUCAAAUGGUCACUAAUGCUUUUAAACCAAAAAUCUUAUAAAUGACAAUUUAUCUUGGUUUUAUAGAUUAACAAAAAAAAACUUAUAUGAAAUAUCAUAUAAAUAUUCGAUAUGAUAAAAACAAAAUGGCUAGAUAUGAAAUUUAUAAAACAGUUAAUAGUAGUGUAAAUAAGGUUUUGAUGUGGUGUUAAUUCUCUAACAUAUAUUGUAAAUAGUUUUGUAAUAUUUUUUAUAAUUUUGAAGAGAAUAAAUAAGUGUUAAGAAACUAUUGAGAAUUAAAUUAAAUAAAUAACUAAGCAGAUAUGUUACAAAAAAAAAAAAAUAACUAAGCAGAUAACAGAAGCAGAUCAAAUAGAUAAAAUAUCAGUUGGCCCAUGUAAAUUCGACCCAUUUGAAGCCCAAUUUGAAAAGUUAUUUGGGUAAGUAGACAGAUCGGUUUGGAAUGAAUAAGGCGGUUUGGAUGACAAAAAUAAAAUAAAAUAAGGCGGUUUGGAUCAUAGUCUGUUAUAUGAGCUUCUUUUUUUAUCUGGAUCCAAUCCCAUUGUCAAAGUAUACUUGUCUAUAAAAACUUAUUCAUGUUUCGGUAUAUCAAAAUAUAUCUAUAAAAACCAAUCAUCGAAAAGCCUGCCUAUAAAUGAUUUUUUUUUUGUAAAAUUUUAGGUCGCCAACUUGUUUCAGUUUCCUGUGGUUGUAAUGCGUUUCAGAAAAAAAAAAAGAAAUAAGAGAACUUUCCCAGCAAAGGUUAGGGUUUAAAAACAGCGAAAAUGCUAGCAUUUGAAAAUGGCGGAUGGUCAAGAUUCUGCCUUUGGUUCCAAAGUUUCAAUGGUGUGAAUUGAAUUGUCCUUUAAACUUGUCAAGGCUGCCAAAUGGUGAAGCUGCUAAAAGAGACCUUGAACGUUCCAAGUGCAUCCAGCAGCAAUCGAACCUAGGUUUGCUCUUCCAGUGAGAAAGACCCUGGCCCUGCCGACCAAUUUUCCUUUUGGUGUUAGAAAAAAACUGUGUUAUAAAAAAAGUUAGAAAAAAAUUUCACUUGUAUAGUGCAUGCAUGUCCUAAGAAAUUUUUAUUUUCACAUUUACGGUCUAUCCUCAAGAGUUGGAUUAUAAAGUCGCCUUUUCAAGCGUUAUAUAGGGUUAACUAUGGAUUGGAAAUUGUUAAUCCAACUGAUGACAAAAAUAUAAUAAAUAAAUUUAAAAUAGGCAUAAUAUUUUUUGAAUUCUUCUUCCAAAUCUGUAGUUUUUUUUGUCAGACUUGUCAAUAAACUACCUCGAAUAAAGAACUAUAUUAGGCCACAAAUUCAUUUUCUUACCUUGGCAAUCCCUCUUUUUUUUUUUUCUUUGGUUCAACUGCAGUCCCUCAAAUGUAUGAUAUCGAACUAUCGAUGAAUAUUUAUAACUGAUAAAAGUAUAAUUAUUUGUUACAAUGGUGUCAAUGGACCGAUGUAAACUAUGUUGUUUUUAUUUUUAAACAAAGCUUAAUGUAAACUAAGCUGUUUUUAUUUUUAGACAAGGCUUAAUGUAAACUAAAUUGUUUGUUUCUCUUUUCGUGACACAGACUCGAUGAAUGUGUAGCCAACAUUUAUAUUGCAAAAAGAAAAAAGAAAACGAAUACAUCUAUUUUUGUCUUCCACCUAUUUUACGCACCAAUACACUCCUUAAUUCCAAUCACCGGAGCAAAAAUUAAACACCUAUAGUAAAUCAAACCAGUUCAAAAGUUCUUAACCGAGUCUAAAACCGAAGUAGAUUUCGGUUAGAGGGAUGAAUUGACAAAAAGGAAAAAAAAACAAUAAUGAAAAAAUGGGGGUGGGUGGGAAGACAGAGGGAAUCACAAUCAACAAAAAGAGAAGCAGAGAAAAUAAUUGUGGGGGCAAAGGACUAAUGCAUAAAUGUGCCUUUGAGACUGUGACAUUUUUGGCAACUCAUGCGUGAAGAUGUUUCUUCGUGCCCAUUGUUUCUUUUCUGAACAUGAUUUUAAAUAUGUAUCAUUUAUGUUUAGGGUUCUUUUCAUCUUUUUUCGUUUUCUUGCGUAUCAAAGUAAAAUUUUCAAACCAAGUGGUGCUCCACGUAUAGUAAGAUAGGUUGUCCUAUUGAUCCAAGACAAAAGUUGAGGCACUGACAAGAACUUAAUCACUUUAUAUGUGUUUUUUUCUUGUACAUUAGAACAAUUAGGUCCCUAUUUCGACAGUUUGGUAGUAAUGUGGUAUUGCGCUGGCACACAACACACACCAUGAAAAUCCUAGUGAUGAGUUAACGACAAAAUAAGAAAAAAUGUUUUUGACCAAAUUUCUAGUUGUUUUUGUGUGUAUACAUAAGUAACUUGAAUGGAUAUAAUUUUUUUUAUAUCCGACAUAUUUUGCAAUCUAGUGGUUUUAGGUAUCGCUAUAUAUAGUGUUAUAGUAUGGAUUUAGAUCUAGUACAGUAGGUGUUCGAGUUGUAGAUAAUGAAAAAUGUAGUUAGACACUUGCGAUAAGCAAAUUACAAUACAUAUUCUCAUUGCUCAGCUAAACGUUAUAACUCAGCUACAGUGGAUCUUUGAGUGGUAAAACUAUUAAAAUGGUGAUUUAGUCACUUGUAAUAUGAUGCAAUAAACGUUAUAACCCGCUUAGCGCCUAGCGCUUGAACACUAGUUACAACUAAGGGAAUAAACAGUUAAGAAAAAUACUUUUGUGUAAAAAUUUGGGCUAGAAUUUCCAUUGGAUUAUAGUUAGAACUUUGAACUUGGAAGCGACUCUAAUUAAGGUCCGAUUAUUAAUUUCGCAUUUCCGAUUGCAAAGCGGGCUAUUUGAUAGUAAGCUCCCACUAGAGUCAAGAGACUCAAGACUAAUGUUAUUUGAGUUUACAGUAAACUCAUUACUGAACAGUAUCUUCAUGUUAAGAAUAAUCGAAGGCUAAAAAACAAUACCGUACAAAUGAAAAUAGUGACAUUGUAAGAAAAAGACGAACUACGUUUAAAGCAGCCAUUGAAAGAACCGUAACUGUCACUAGAUGACAACCAAAAUUUUCAAUUUCAAAGUGAAAACCCUAGAAAACGUCAGGAAAUGUCGAUGCCACUCGAUUUCCUUUACAGGUUUUUUUGUAAAGAUGUAAUAGAAUCUAUGUAUUUGUGUAACUACUAUAGACUCACAGUAUACCUUUACAUCUAUCUACCUUUUAACUGUUUUUUAUUCUCUCUUUCUUUUUCAUAUGAUCUGAAUUUUCUAGGGAUAGAGAAGGUUGAUUUUCUUAAUUUUCUUAAAUGUUGAUAUUCAAAAUAUAAAUGGAAACAUCAGGUCUUGCUCUCGUUGGCCCAUUUCUAGUAUGUUACACUGCACACAGACAAGCAUAUAUAUAUGUAUACCAAGCCUUAGCAAAAAAAAAAUUCUUAGAAAAAUAUGUAUACCAAGUUAAUUAAGAAAAUAAGAUAGUUACUGUUUUUUCUAGUAAAAUUUAGAAUGCUUUGUUCUCAUCAAAGCAUUCCACUAGAUAGUUACUGUUGUUUCUCUAGUAAGUUUUUGAAUGAUUUAUUGAGAAUAAAGUUUUAAAAGAUCAGAAAUUACUAUGCUAAUUGCUUAGUUAGAAAUAUGAAGAUAAAUGAGACUCACACAGAUUUAACAAGAUAUCGAUUAUGUCUUACUUGUGUGUACGCCCACGUUUGCAUUUUUUCUUGAUUUUCUUACAAAUAAAAGACACCACAAAGUUUUCUUUCGUUAAAAAGUCAAAAAUCGUGAAGCCAAAGUUUCAAUGCUCUUUUUCUUUAUCAUGCAUUAUUAUGCAAAUUUUCAAUAAUAGUUAUUCUGAUGACACACAAACACAUAAUUCUGCACGUUUUCAUUGUUCUUAAAACUGUAUCAAAGAUUCAAACAUCAUAAUCUCAUAUUUGAAAUAAUACACACAUGUUUCAUAGCCUUAGAUUUUCUAACAAACUAUAGAUUUUCUAGAAGAAUUAAAUUCGCGAGGCCAUGCGAAGAAACAUGUUAAACUUACACUGUUACACAUAUGUACGUAUAUUUUACAUUUUAACAUAAUACAUAGAAUUUUAAAUUUGAAAAAAUAAAUCUGACUUCCCAAAAAAAAAAACUGACCUAGUUAGUUUUCUAUGAUGUUGUUAACUAUGAAUAUUUUUAUCGAAAAUACUUUUUUUCUCUAAACUCUAAAUUUUAUUCCGUUAGCUGUGAUAUAGCAAUAAUAGCGACGAAUGCAUUGUUAAUAGUGUGAGCUCAUGAACUUUAAGAAUGCCACCCAUAUUCAAACUUUAACACUAUAUGCAUACACAGUCUCCUAAGUCCUAACACAUCACAUGCUCUCUCUUUUGUUCCCUUCCCGCUCCUCCUCAUCUUCAGUCAAUGACAUGGUAUAUAUUUACUAAUUUUAGUUGGACAAAAAAAAAUUUUCGUUUAGUUAUCUAAAGUUCAAGAACACUACAUAUAUUAAGUUAAAAAAAAGAACACUACAUAUAUUAAAAGUUAAUGAUGGACAAAAACCUGUGGGAUGAAUAAAAAGAAAGAAGAUGGAAUGGGUUUAUCUAUUAAUUACAAACUAAUAAUAAUAUGCAAUAUAUACUACAAAUUGAUGGCAAUAUGGAUAUAGUAGCCGAUGUAAGUCAUUAUGAGCAAAUCAAUGAGAAUGUACAAUUUACUCUUUAUAAUAUGUGAUAUCAGAUAUAUAACUAUUAUUGUCUGCAAUAUAUCAACUUAUGCUAGUAGCAGCCUACCACGAUCAAAUUCAUUUGGUGUCGGCAACACAUGACUCUUCAAGUGUUUAUGCAUGAUCUUCCAUUCUUAAAUCAGUCUUCUUAAUAAUAUUACCUAAAUUUAUAAUGCUACGUUCUUUUUUAUAAGGGUUUGAUUUACUAGUGAACGUGAAGAGACAUCCUUUUGGAAGCACAAAUGCAAAAGUCCAAAAAUUAACAGUUUCAUAGAUGACUGAAGAUAACAACUGUAUCCUCCCUGCAUAAGAGAGGGGUGUUUAAAAAAUAUAAAGAUACCAUUUUCAAUUAAGUCUCAACGGAAAUGCAUAAGAGAGGGUUCUACUUGCCCAGCUAGUAUUUGAAUGAAAAAUCAUAAACAUUUUAAGUAUUUUUUUUGGGUUUUUUGAGAGUUUUUUAGCUUUUUAUAUAUUUAUUUUUGACAAUUUAUAUAAUAUUUUUUAUAACUUUGGAUAUUUUUGGAUACUAAAUCUAAAAAUAACUAAUAUAUUUAAACAUAUAAAUAUGAUUUGGAUAUAUUUUGAUAUCCAAAAAAUUCUGGUUCGAAUCCGGUUCGGUUCUAAUUUUCUAGAUACCAAAAUUUUGAUUUCGUUCAAAUAAUAAUUUGAUAGUAUUUUUCUGAUUAAAUUUGAUACAGUUCUUCAAAUUCAGAUUUUUGCCCAGAACUAGUUUUCUUACUUGACAUCGGUAGGUUUUCUUACUUCCAAAUCAUUACAACUUAAAAUUUCAAAAUCAUGUUUACCAUAAACAAUGAUUACAGAAAAUUACCAUUUCAGAUCAUGGUUUAUUUAGUUUUGAAAGAUCGGUUCAAUUAAUCUGGCCGAACCAAAUCAUAAUUUAUAACAAUUUAUUCUGCUCCAGAUAUAUACUAUUAUUAUUUUUGUUUGAUAAGUAAAUUUUUGUUUACAUGUACUAUUAUUAAUACCAGAUUGCUAAUGUAUCAGCCACAUGUAUCAUAUUUUAUUCAACUAUCAGAAAAUAAUUUUGAUGGGCCUUGAUAAAAUUAAGAUACCAUUUUUACAUAUGAUCAAAGAUAUCAUAUGUAACUAAUUACAAAGAUAUGCCUUAAAAGGUAGGUGAAAUAUAGUGGUUAAUGACUCAUAACCUAUUCCCUAGUCUUCAUGAACCAAUAAGGGACAUCGGUGCUCACUCUACUUUACAUCUUUCUCAAUUAUUUUCAUUAUAUUAUUAUUAUAUUGCAUAUCACUAUAAAAUGGAAGGACUAAUGUCUAACUCUAUCGUUAAAUUAAGCUUUGAUGGGAUUUUAGGAAACGUUAAUGUGCAAUGUAUUUCGGAGAAAAAACAAGAGCCCUAAUUAGAAUAUAAUUAAGCAUUUAAUGACAUAUUCAAAUCGACAUUGAUUUUGACCGGUAAGACAAAAUCUGAAUUCCCUUUUUCUUGUAUCGUAAAGCUCCUUCCUUUUUUCCAAUUUAUGUUUGGAGUAAUUUUUCAAUUUAUGUUUGAUACUCAUUCGUUUCAUGACACAAAUUGAAAAAACUGAUUAAAAUAAAUUUAUUUUCUUAAUGAUAUCUAUUUAAUUUAUAGUAUUUAAGAUAAAAUUAUCAUUUACAAAAAUAAUGCAUUUGAAAAAACACUUGUUAUAUUGAAUUUUUAAAAUUAAAUUAAAAUUAAAUAGAUAUAAAAAAUUUAAAUGAUAUUUUGUAUAUAAAAGAAAAAAAUGUUGAAAUAACACUUUUUAUGAAACACAAUAAUAAUACUUUUCAUUUAUAUAAACAAACUACUUUAAAUAUAGGGGAUUUAAACAUUUAUUGUAUAUGACAAAAAUACUUAUUUUACAGUGUUUGUAUUAAUCAUCCUUUGGAAAUUAAACAAGUUUUAUAUAAUGAUAACUGAUCUGAAAUCUAUAAAAUUUACUGUUUUGUGUUAAUGAUGUUGUUGUGUUAUACUAAUGAUAACUGAUCUGGAUUUAAACAAGUUGUAUAUAGUGAUAACUGAUCUGGAUUUAAACAUUCGUUUUCACGAAAAUUGUAGUUUUUAAGUUUUUAUAUAUUUAAAAAAUAAAAUUGUAAUACCGAAAAUAAUUUUAAUUUAAUAAAUGUUAACAAAAAAUAUUAUAUGUAGUAGUUGUCUUAAUUAAUAUGAACAAAAUAGGUAAAUAAACUAUAAAGUUACAUCAAAACAAAAAUAUUUUUUUCUAAAACAAAUAAAAAUUUUAAAAUGACUAUUUUCGUGAAUAAAUGGAAUAUAUCGAUAAUAUACAUGUCUAAGUAAGAGAGAACAAAAUAACAAUAAACAAACAGUAAUAACUAAAUUUAAUUUUAUAUUGAAUAUACAGAGGAUAUUUUACAUUGGAAAAGCAAAAGUAUAUUUAUGAAGGAAAACAUAGAUUAAAAAAAACCAUUUCAGUUUAAUGGGAACAGAAAAGAGUGAACCCUACAAGGGUUCGAUGCUGAAUAAACAACAUCACUCUCUAUCAACAAAAAUCGAUUGGACGAUUGAAAAUAUGAAUCUAGAGAAUAUAUCUGUUGCGAUAUUAAUAACCCAAGAGGCCAAGACCAUGAGAAAUUUUUCUAUUUUGUUAACAUCGAAAAAUACAAUACGUACAGUUAAAUACAAUACUUUUUUGUUUAUAGGAAAAAUAUGAUAAAUAUAUCUAAUUCAGAAGAUAUAACACUGUUAUAAUAUACUUCUUCCGUUCCUAAAAGAUUCAUAUUUUAAAAAAAAAAUUGUUUCAAAAAUUAUAUUUUUUAUAUUUUCAAUACAUUAAUUAAUAAAAAAUUGUACUUUUCAAAAAAUACAAUUGUAUUUAAUAAAAUUUCAUUGGUUAAAAGUUAUUGGAAAUAAUUAAUUAAAAAAUCAGUAUUGGAAAAUACAAUUUUAUAUGUUUUCUUAAUAAAUAUGAAAAAAACUAUAACAUGAAUUUUUAGGAACAUAAAGAAUAUUAAAUACAGAAAAUAAGGCAAAUUUUCUAGUGUGUUGACAUAGAAAAACAGGACACUUUUUUGUUUUGGGGCAAAACACGAUAAAUACGGAAGAUAUAUCAAACUGUUAUAAAUGGUCCGGUUGUCCUGAAAAUUAAAUGGACUAGCUAGGGGUGUUAGCAUAGUUAUUAAUAUAUUUAUUUAUUGACUAGAUGUGAUCCAUUCUAAUCUGACCAUGACAACUUUUUUUUUUUUUUUUGAGCAACUGACCAUGACAACUCAAACCUGAUUUUAUAGAGAAGUUUAUAUUUAUAGUUUUUUUUUUUGCUAACAAAGUUUAUAUUUAUAGUUACAAGAGUGUUUUCACAUCUUUAUAUAAGCAUGAAACUAUGACAUGUGCAGAAGUAUACAUUUUCCACAUCCGUUAGUCUGAUGAUGUAGGCACACAUCAUCUGCCAUAAAUUGUUGUUUGUAUUUAAACAAUAAAAAUUUAACAUACGACACACAAUUACCUAACCAGCUAACACAUUUUCUAUAUAUCAUAUCGUCUGAUCCGAUAGAAAUAUAUUCGAUGUUUUUUUUUGUCAACGCGUAACCGGAUAAUUUACCAGACUACGACAAGUAAAUUGUCGAAUCCCAUACUUAUACUUUUAACAUAACGUAAUUUUAUUUCUAAAUAAAACUUGAAUCCUAAAAAACGUUUAGCACAUUUCCAAUUUUUGCCUAUUACUUGAUCAGCACAUUUCUUAUUCACCAUAUCAAAAUCUAGAAGACAUCGGAUAUUAUUAAGACAUCGGAUAUUAUUACUUUUAAGAUAAAUUUGAGACCAUGAACCGAUAUUUUUACUAUCUAAACGACAAAGAUUCAAAAGCAAAAGAAAAACUAAAAUUAAUUUGUUAGAGAGAGGGUAGAGAGAUAAGAAGAGAAAAGAAGAGAGAAAGGAAAUUUGGUUAUUUUGUGAAUUGUUGUUUUUUUUGUUGGCUUUUUCUUGACCACAUAAUGAAUACUUUUUAUGUUCACAAAAAUAGAUUUUUUUUUAGUAUUUUCACACAUAUUAACAAAAUAUAUUAAAUUAUUAUAAUAAAUGUAUCAUUUUCUGUAAUUUUAAAAUUUUAAUAAUUUUUAAUCAAUAUUAAAUCAAUAAAAUCAAUUAAUUUUUUUAAACAUUAUAAUUUUUUCAUAGAAAAUACAAAAAAUCUAUAUUUGUGAAACAAAUUUUUUUUAAAAAACGUCUAACUUACUAAAAUGGAGGGAGUAUUUCAUAGCGAUGUUAUUUAUGAGUUGAUUAAUAACUAUUCGUUAAUUAUUAAUUCCAUAGGGAAGAAAAGUGGGAGAUAAUCCAAAAAUAUGAGACUGAUGAAGAAAGAAAGCAAAGUUUGAAACGGGCCCAUGACAAGUCCUCUUACGUCAACAUCAUCCUCCAUUAUUACUAUUACUUUCACCCUCUCAUCAAACUCACUCAACAUUUCAUUUUUCUUAAUUACCUAAUUCAUCAGAUCCUUAUAUAAAACACAAAAUGAUCCCUUAAACUUCACCAGCAUCUCUCUCUCUCUCUCUACACUGAACAAGAUCAUAUAUCAUGUCAUCUCCUAGAGAUAGAGGAAAGAGCUUGAUGGAAUCAUCAGGAUCAGAGCCACCGGUGACACCAAGCCGUUACGAGUCACAGAAGAGACGCGACUGGAACACAUUCGGACAGUAUUUGAAGAACCAGAGACCGCCGGUUCCCAUGUCACACUGCAACUGCAACCACGUGCUUGAUUUCCUAAGGUACUUAGACCAGUUCGGUAAGACAAAGGUGCACGUUCCUGGCUGUAUGUUCUACGGCCAGCCUGAGCCACCAGCUCCUUGCACGUGCCCUCUCAGACAAGCUUGGGGAAGUCUCGACGCUUUGAUCGGACGGCUGAGAGCGGCUUACGAGGAGAACGGUGGUUCUCCGGAAACAAACCCUUUCGCUAGUGGAGCAAUAAGGGUUUAUCUGCGGGAGGUUAGGGAGUGUCAGGCUAAGGCUAGAGGUAUUCCUUACAAGAAGAAGAAGAAGAAGCAGCCAACUACGGAGAUGGUUGGUGGAAGAGACGACUUUUCUUCUUCCUCCUCUUCCUUCAGCUUCUCUUAAGAUUCUCAUCUUGGUGAAAGACUUUGUGGAUCAAUAGAAUCUCAUAGAGAGAUCAAAUGCAAAAGAGGCCUCAAGUCUACCUACUCAUGAUCAAGAAGUCAAAGUAAAAUGUAAUCUUCAAUAUAUCUUCCCCCAUUUUUACCGAUUUUCAUCCAUUUCUCCAAUACCGUAGCUAUCAAUCGGUUAUAUAUAUCAUAUCUAUUCUCUUAUUUUGCUCCUUUUGAAUAAGUAAGUGUAUAGAUUAUAUAUACUUAAGAAAAGUUUGUUUUGCACUUCUAUGUCAGCGUACCUCUUUGUCUUGUAUAAAUCCAACAUAUUGGACUUAUGUGAUAACAAUGGAUAAUGAUGGAGUAGCAGAGUCUGGCCA